AUGGUUCUCGACCGACUUCAGCAAUUGACCCAUCAGGUCAAUGCUACUACGCCGCCGCCUCACCCGUUCGAUCCCCUCUCUACGGCUGAAAUCGAUGCCGCGGUUGCCAUCAUCCGCAAGGAACAUGGCCCGCUCAACUUCAACGCCGUCACGUUGUAUGAGCCCCGCAAGGCCGAGAUGAUGGCCUGGCUAGCAGAUCCAGAGCACGCUCCUCGCCCGGCGCGAGCAGCUGAUGUGGUUGCCAUUGUUCCGGGCGGCAAGCUGUACGAUGGCGUGGUCGAUCUCGACCAGAAGAAGAUCGUACAGUGGGUCCACACGCCCAAUGUCCAGCCUCUGAUCACUAUGCAGGAUCUCCAGGAGGUCGAGCAUGUCGUGCGUCAGGAUCCUCGGGUUAUUGAACAGUGCGGUAUCAUUGGGAUCCCCAAAGAAGAUAUGGAUAAAGUAUAUUGUGACCCAUGGACCAUUGGGUAUGAUGAGCGAUUUGGUACUGGGAUCCGUCUGCAACAGGCACUGAUGUACUACCGUCCGCAUGUCGACGACUCCCAGUACACCUUCCCGCUGGACUUCUGUCCCAUCUACAACUCGGAGACCAAGCAAAUCAUUUACAUUGACGUGCCACCAGUGCGGAGACCCGUCAACAAGGUUUCACCAAACAAUUACCAUGUCGCAGACAUUGAGAAAGAAGGCGGCUACCGGACAGAUAUAAAACCCAUCCACAUCACCCAGCCAGAAGGGGUGUCAUUCCAGGUCAACGGCCGAACCAUCGAGUGGCAGAAUUGGAGCAUUCACGUCGGCUUCAACUACCGAGAGGGAAUUGUGCUUAACAACAUUACUUUCAAUGAUAAAGGGAUUGUCCGGCCAGUCUUCUAUCGGCUCUCGCUGGCGGAGAUGGUGGUGCCCUACGGAAAUCCCGAACACCCACAUCAGCGCAAACACGCGUUCGAUCUGGGCGAGUAUGGCGGCGGAUACAUGACCAACAGUCUGUCCCUGGGCUGCGACUGCAAGGGCGCCAUUCACUAUAUGGAUGCGGCGUUCGUCAACAGGGCGGGCGCGAGCACUAUCAUCAAAAAUGCCAUCUGCAUCCACGAAGAAGACGCAGGAAUCCUAUUCAAACACACGGACUUCCGCGACGACUCGGUGGUUGUGACACGCGGCCGCAAACUUAUCAUCUCUCAUAUAUUCACCGCAGCCAAUUACGAAUACUGCGUGUACUGGAUCUUCCACCAGGACGGCACCGUGCAGCUGGAGAUCAAAUUAACAGGCAUCCUCAAUACCUACGCCAUGAACCCGGGUGAAGAUACCAAGGGCUGGGGCACCGAGGUGUACCCGGGGGUAAACGCACAUAACCACCAGCACUUGUUCUGCCUGCGCGUCGACCCCAACAUCGACGGGCCCGAUAACACUGUUUUCCAAGUCGACGCCACUCGGGGACCUGGCGAGGUUGGCAGCGCAGAGAACAAGUACGGGAAUGCCUUCUACGCCAAAAAGACCAAAUACUCGACUCCGCGCGAGUCCAUGUCCGACUAUGACGGCUUCACCAGUCGCACUUGGGAGAUGGCUAACACCAACAAGCUGAACCCAUACAGCAAGAAGCCCGUCUGCUACAAGCUGGUCAGUCGCGAUGUGCCACCGCUCCUCCCAAAGGAAGGCGGGCUGGUGUGGAAACGCGCUGGGUUUGCUCGGCACUCAGUGCACGUUACCAAAUACUCCGAUGACCAGAUCCAUCCAGCUGGCCGUCAUGUCCCCCAAACCUCCGGCGAGCCCUCCCAGGGCCUCCCCGCCUGGAUCGAAGCCGCGGGCUCAGACUGCUGUAUCGAAAACACCGAUAUCGUACUCUGGCACACGUUUGGGCUGACUCACUUCCCCUCGCCCGAAGACUACCCCAUCAUGCCCGCCGAGCCCAUGACACUGCUGUUGCGUCCGCGCAACUUCUUUGAUCGUAACCCGGCCCUCGAUGUGCCGCCGAGCUAUGCUCGCACGCCGUCGCAGGUUGCCUCUGAGGCGGGAGCAUGUGUGUGCAAGAAGAGCGAUGGGUCGAGUGUGCAGGUCUGA